AUGGACCCUUGGAGUCGAGUCAGGGCGGCCAAAUGCCAGAUGCUGGUCACCAGCUUCUUUGUCCUGCUGCUGGGCCUCUUCGUGGCCAUCAUGGCGGCCCUCACCCACUUCGGGGCCCACUUCGCUGUCAUCAGCCGUGUGUCUCCGGAGGGGUCUCCCUACGAGGCCCUGCACCGCUGGGCCUUCUUCGCAGGGAUCGGCCUGGCCGGGCUGCUCAGCCUGGGCGCUGUGCUGAGUGCCGCGGCCACUGUGCGGGAGGCCGGGGGCCUCAUGGCCGGGGGCUUCCUGUGUUUUGCGCUGGUGUUCUGCGUCCUGGUGCAGGUGGUCUUCUGGAGACUCCGCAGCCCCACCCAGGUGGAGGAUGCCGUGUUGGACACCUACGACCUGGCCUACGACCGGGCGGUGAGGAGCUCGUCUGGCGCCUGGCAACAGGAACUGCUGGCCAUCCAGGACACGUUCCUGUGCUGUGGGAAGAGCUCUCCUUCCAGCCUCCUGGGCAGCGUGGAGGCCGACCUGUGUCGGGGAGAGGAAGCCGCCACGCAGGACUGCCUGCAGGGCAUCCGGCGCUUCCUGAGGACCCACGGACACAUCGCCGCCGUCCUGGCCAGCGUCAGCCUCGCCUCCAUGGUGUACGCCAUGCUGCUCAGCUCCUUCCUGUGGUUCGCCAUCCGCUCCGGUCGCGGCCUGGACCGCAAAGGGACGUACGCCCUGAGCCCCCGGGCCCCUGGCUGCCGGCCCCAGGAGCCCAGCGCCUUCCGACGGUCCCAGGGGGCGCCCGCCCUUCAUCCGCUCGAUGACCUCGGCCCCAGCAGACGCCCAGGCGGCCCUCGGCUGCUCCGGGACCACUGA